UCCAAGGCAACUCGUAUGGUCAUGAAACGCGAGAAAUACAGCCAACGAAAGUUACACCGGUGACUUACGACGUUCUACGUGGUAACUCGUGUAUGUGACAUGUACACAGUCGCACGACUGGCGAAGAAACUGAGUUCGGCAUAAAUCAAAUCCGCGUGUGUUUUCCACAGAUUAAAACGGAGAAAAUUAUUGUGUGUGCUAAUAAUUGUGUCCUCAAGUGUAUCUUGUGACGGUUUCCUUCAACGUUUCGUGUGCAGUAAAAGUGGCCAGACAUGUAAUCGUCGCCCGUCGUAAAAGGAGAUAAAAAACUGGGUUCGCCAAUUUCUCUUUCGAUCCGUUUCGUAUUUUCGGCGAGUGUAGGUAAUAUGGAUUCUGAAGGCGUUGCUAUGAUUUCCAGACAUUUACUGUAGCAGACAAUUCCUUGAAGGGCAUUCAAUCAACAUUCGGUGAUGAAGUUUGUAAUAAUAUCAUUUGAUGAUGGAUCUGAUAAAAGAAAUAAGAACACUAAAAACGUCUAGUAGACGAUGCGAAUGGAGGUUUGCGGACAGAGGCCUCCUAGUCAUACUGUACAUAAUAUUAUUUUCAAUACAGGCCAACUGUCAAAAUACAGAGCCCAGUCAAAAUGAAACUAUAACCAAAAGAGUUGUAAAUGUAGGUAUAGAAGUAGAUUCUAAUCAUUGCCAUAGCUGUCAAACUAAUAGUAACAAAUUUGAUUAUGAUAACAGAACUAAAGACAAUACUAAGCCUACAGAGGCAGAACAUUUUGUAGAUAAUGUUAUUAUUACUUUAGGUACUUUUACAAAAAGAUAUUUACUUGUUAAUACGACUGAAAGCGAACUUGAAAAUGAAGUAGAAAAUAUAGUUGACAGUGUACUAGGCAAUGAUCGUUACGAAAUAAUUGAAGGUGUUGAAAUAAAGCCAAUCGACAAAGAAGAGAAGAGUCAAUUACAAAAGAAAAAUGAUGUUACUUCAGAAGGCAGAGCUCUUUUUAGUAAAUAUACAUAUGAAUACAGAAUACUGCAAAAAUUAAAAAAUUUCGUAGAAAAUCAUGUUUUGUCGAUAAAUUUACCGAAAGCAGCGAAAUAUAUAGGUUUUAGAUCGUUUGGGCUGAACAAAUUUUUUGUGCCUCUACUAAUUGGGGGACAAGUUUUGAUCAAGUCUAUUUUAUUCGCAAUGUUCCUGCCAAGCAUCUUGGGAAGUUUUGGCAAAAUUCUCGGCAAAGGUAUUUCUCAACUGUCGGCUACAUCCAGUCAAGCCAGCUACCCACCUGCUAAUACUGAUGACCAAAUCGGUUACAAUAAUGACAACAAAGAUUUUAUGGGUUACGAGACGAACCCUGCUGGAUCCUAUGCUUAUCCCCAAGAUGGAAAUGGCUUCUACAACACUGAUCCCAACGACAAUGAUUUAUCUAAUAUCGACAUGUCCAGAUAUGGCGACCAAAAAGCAACGUAUCUACCCACGAAAAAUGGAUAUUAUCAAAACCAAAUAAAUGCAGCUAGCAAUAACUAUAAGGUGUUCCAUAAAAUCCCGGCUUCUUCGAUGAUACUAAGUAAUUAUGAUCCGUUCUACUCGCCUCUUCUCUCGCGACUAGACGGUAUAUUUGCUAGACUCGGUCUCGCCCCAACGGAGUCCAUGGACGGUGGCAUACAGAUUGGGGCGCAGAGCUUGAGCGAUGUGAAACUGGAGUCGUGUCGAGAACAGCUGAUAUGCCUAAUGUACGCCAGUCCCGCCAAAUAUGCACCGUAUAGCAACCUGAUUUCGGCGCAGUUGAGCAGGGAACUGAAUGAACUAAGGCGGCCAGUGUCCGACAACCCUGAAAUCCUGAGAUUCUUCCGCUACAUGCGGGCGGCGAGACGCGGGCAAGAGGGCGUCGACUGCAUGCGGGCACACCCCGCUUGUUCCGCUAACGCUGCGCCUGCGCAUACCAUGAUAGCUGCGUACCACGACAUAAAUAAACUCGUCACCGCGAGAAAGAUUAAAAAUUAAUGCGGAAUCAAAGCGCUAUCUUUCUGGCACGUGGACGUUAUCAAAUUUCAUGGACAGUUUCCAUCAAAUUAUUCUAAUAAACUGAUUUUUUGUGUAUAAACCAGAACUGUUAACAGUGAAAAAAAUAUUGUUUUACAAGUUGACUAUCCAUUCCGUAUUUAUAUACAUGUUUUCUUAUAUAUAUAUAAUAUAAUGAACCGAUGUCAAAAAUUAACUUAUCCAUUUAAAUAUACAAAACAUACAAGACUCGUUAACUUUGGAGCAUAAUAUUCCAAAAGAGACUUUUAAUAUUUAAUUAUUAUACAUUUAAAUAUUGAAGUACCCUUCAGUUUUAUUUUAUUAACUUGCAUUAUAAUAACUGAGCAUAAUGUAAUAUAAAUAAUUAGAAUAAUUAAUACUUAAAACUUUUGUAUAUUAAUUCUAAACAUUCAUUUUAUUGUAUAUUAAACACUUUCUUUUUUAAAUAAAUAUAAUUUAAUAAAGAAGGCAAUAUUUGCAUUGGGUGACUAAUGCAAAUGGUUAACCUUAGUGAAAAGACGUUAAUAUGCUUAUAAAAUUUAAUUUAAAAUGUAACAGAUUUAUUUAUAUUAUUUAUUUUGUAUAAUAAUAGGUAUAUUGUGGUAUGAAUGUAAUUUAUUGUAUGAAUCUAUAUGAGUGUGUGAGUGUAAAACAAUAUUUAUUAUUUAGCUUAUUUUUUUCAAUGUAAUUUAUUAUUUACACUUUAACAUUUAUGUAAAACACAUAAAUACUUAAUAUUUUCUAUAAGGAUUUAAAUCUUUGUUUUUGUUUUAUUUAAUUUUAAAGUGGGAAUUGUAAAAGUGAGUUUACUCUUGCAAUAUAAGGUAAUUGGGUAAAUAAAUAAACUUGUAUAUAUUAUUAUUAAAUGAAAGAAAAUUAUUAGGUAAUAUAAAAAAUAUUUAAAAAAUUUUGCAAUUAUAUAAUCUCAG